AUGGAACCGUCUCGUAUUGAUCAUUUGAAACGUGGUGUCAUAAUGGGUAGUGCUGUAGGUGUUUGUUUAGGGUUGGCAUUGGGAACAUAUCAUAUUUUCAGAGGAUAUGUUUCUACGCUUGGUCAAUAUAUGGUAUCGUCAGCUGGUAGUUUUGCAUUAUUCAUGGGAAUUGGUUCGGCGAUUCGUAGCGAAGAACAACCAAAGAAUGUCAUGUGGAAACGUCAUUUGGAGCAACAUCAAAGGUUUUGUCAAAGAGGUUUUGCUAAUUUACCCGUUGAAGUUUUAGAGAGAAAGCGUUGGGAUAGAAAGGUCGUGGGAAUGUGA